UGACUACCGAGCAAGGUUUCCAUACGUACCAUGGCUGCCCAGCUCCUCCUCCUCCUCCUUCUAGCGCUCGUCAACGUGGCGCCACCACGGCGCCACGCCGGCGUGUCCGCUGAAGACGUCAUCCAGCAGGUGACGGACGGCGGCCACGGCGCUGGACGUCCCGGUCUGCUCCCGGAGGCGCAGUUCGCGGCGUUCGUGCGGCGGCACGGCAAGGAGUACUCGGGCCCCGAAGAGUACGCGCGCCGGCUGCGCGUGUUCGCGGCCAACGUGGCCCGCGCAGCCGCCCACAAGGCGCUCGACCCGGGCGCGCGCCACGGCGUCACGCCCUUCUCCGACCUCACCCAGGAGGAGUUCGAGGCGCGCCUCACCGGCCUCGCCGGCGCCGGCGACGUCCUGCGCAGCGUGCGGGCGAUGCCGGCUGCGGCGCCGGCCACGGAGAAGGAGGUCGCCGCGCUGCCCGCCAGCUUCGACUGGCGCGACAAGGGCGCCGUCACCGAUGUCAAGAUGCAGGGCGUGUGCGGCUCGUGCUGGGCGUUCAGCACGACCGGCGCCGUGGAGGGCGCCAACUUCGUCGCCACGGGGAAGCUCCUCAACCUCAGCGAGCAGCAGCUGGUCGACUGCGACCACACGUGCGACGCGGUGGCGAAGACCGAGUGCAACAGCGGCUGCUCCGGCGGGCUGAUGACGAACGCGUACAAGUACCUGAUGGGCUCCGGCGGGCUGAUGGAGCAGGCGGCGUACCCCUACACGGGGGCGCAGGGGCCGUGCCGGUUCGACAGGAGCAAGGUGGCCGUCCGCGUGGCCAACUUCACCGCCGUGCCGCUCGACGAGGACCAGAUGCGGGCGGCGAUCGUCCGCGGCGGGCCCCUGGCGGUGGGCCUGAACGCGGCGUUCAUGCAGACGUACGUGGGCGGCGUGUCCUGCCCGCUCAUCUGCCCGCGGGCGCUGGUGAACCACGGCGUGCUCCUCGUCGGCUACGGCGCGCGCGGCUUCUCGGCGCUGCGGCUCGGCUACCGGCCCUACUGGCUCAUCAAGAACUCGUGGGGGGAGCAGUGGGGGGAGGGCGGGUACUACAAGCUCUGCCGCGGCCGCAACGUCUGCGGCGUCGACAGCAUGGUCUCCGCCGUCGCCGUCGCGCCGUGAUCGGCAAACGGCGACGACCGGCGUAGUACGUGUUCACGUAGUAGUUCGUUAGCCUAACGGUAUUAGGAGGGCUUAAUCAGUGGACACUGCACUCAAUAAUGCCACUUCAAACAUACUUCUACAA